GUCCUUGGAUAGCCUUUGAAGUCUAUUAUCUCAAUUGAGUGGUCUUUGUUCGAGGAGAGAAGGCUUAUCUUACAAAAAUCGAGCUGGAACGAGCAGAGGUCUGUGAACUCGAGCUGUGAGAGUGCUGAGACUGUUUGGUCGAUAUCUCGAGUUUUACAAAUCCAAUUAAGGCGUGUGAGAUACCCACAGAAAGCUCUCAAGACGAGGAAUCCGUGAAUGUCUGGUUUGCAGGAAUCGGAGUUGUGGAAGGCUUCCAAAUCGUCCGAGAAAAACGCAACCUCGCAGGAGAGGAUUUAAUCCUCUAAAGAAUCGAGUUAGCCGGAAAACACCCGUUCUAGGGGCUGUUUUCGUAUCAACGAUUAAGGGUUGAACUAGCACUUUGAGGAGGCUGUUUAACACUCAUAUUUGAGCAAGGAAUCAGUUCCAAAUCCACCUUGACCAAAGCUUUGACCAUUGGACCAAGGAGGGAAAGUUUAAAGCUCAAUUGAGGUUGAGGCUAGAGCUUGCAUCCUGUGCUCGUUGAUCGAGUGAUUCCUCGGAGAGAAGACUUGGAUUACUAGGAGAAACCCGACCGGCCGUGUACCAGAGGAGACUGGACAGGGCAGUCGAAGGACCUCUAGGGCAUCUAGAGGAGCUGGCCGUGGAGGCCGAUCACAGACCGUGAGUGACGGUCAUGUCGACACAGAAAGUGAAACCUACUGGUCCUAUGAGGACUCGACCUAUCGACCGGAAACUGAACCGGUUGAGACCCCUUAUGAAGGGGAUGAUGAUGAUGUAAGUGAUGAGGAGGAAAAUGGCUCCUUAGCACGGAUUGAAGCACUACUUCAACAGUAUCACCGUGAGCGUGAAGAGAGGAGGGAACGCCGAAGGCGCCGGGCUGGGCAACCUUCGGGCAUGGCUUCACGAGGAGGAAGUCAUGGUGCAUCUAGAGUCCAUGUGGAACCACGUGGAGGCCAAAAUGAUGGAGGUCCAACCAUAAGGAUCUCCAAAUACAUCAAAGAAGCAAGAGAUUUGGGGUGCAAACCCUUUGAUGGAGCAGGGGACAUUUCAGUGGCAGCACAAUGGAUCAAGAGGCUAAAUGAAGCGGCCCUUGACAUGCAAAUCGCGCCGAAUCUCAAACUGAGAAUUGCGGUAAGAUUGCUCGAGGGGAUGGCAUCCAAGUGGUGGGAUGGAACCAAGAACAAGUACGGUGAGACCGUCGUUUGGGAGGACUUCCAACGGGAGUUCUUUGCCCAAUACUAUUCUGAUUUCGAGGUGAAUAAGAAGGUGAGGGAAUACACCCUCCUAACCCAAGGGGGUAACAUGUCAGUGAAGGAGCUUGAGUACAAGUUCCGGGAUCUCGCCGACUACAUACCGGAGUAUGCUUGUGACGAGAACCGCAUGGUGAACCACUUUUGGGACGCUCUUGACUUGGAGAUACGUGAUAGGGCAACGCAAUUGCCUAAUAUGACUUUCGCCCAAGUGGUUGAACAAGCAUUAAAAGGGGAGAAACAGUGGGAGGAACGGAAGAAGAGAGACGCCGAAGAGGCGAAAAAGAGAAAGUGGGAGAGUCAUGGCUCCCAAGGUUCCAACAAAAAGGGAAACCACGGAGGAGGAUCUUUCCGGGCACCACCGCCACCGUCUAGGGGGAACCAAGGCCCGAGUGGGCAAGGCUCGAGGUCACAAACCUCAGUGGUAACUCGUUGCAACAAUUGCAAGAGGAACCAUUCCGGUAAAUGUCGCGACCCCCCUAGAUGUUUCCAAUGUGGGGAUGCCGGGCAUUUGAAGGCACAUUGCCCACAACUGGGCGGGGCAAGGACAUCGGGACCAAGUAGUGGCCCGACGGGUACACGGAAUCAACCCGGGGCUUCUCAAGCAAGCCGGGGACAUGGGGGAGCAAGCGCGAGCAACGCGCCGUCCGUGAACCAAGGAAGGACCCAGGCUAGGGUCUACGCGAUGACGGAGGCGGAUGCUCAAGCUAAUCCGGAUUCCGUUGCAGGCUUAUCUUACAAAAAUCGAGCUGGAACGAGCAGAGGUCUGUGAACUCGAGCUGUGAGAGUGCUGAGACUGUUUGGUCGAUAUCUCGAGUUUUACAAAUCCAAUUAAGGCGUGUGAGAUACCCACAGAAAGCUCUCAAGACGAGGAAUCCGUGAAUGUCUGGUUUGCAGGAAUCGGAGUUGUGGAAGGCUUCCAAAUCGUCCGAGAAAAACGCAACCUCGCAGGAGAGGAUUUAAUCCUCUAAAGAAUCGAGUUAGCCGGAAAACACCCGUUCUAGGGGCUGUUUUCGUAUCAACGAUUAAGGGUUGAACUAGCACUUUGAGGAGGCUGUUUAACACUCAUAUUUGAGCAAGGAAUCAGUUCCAAAUCCACCUUGACCAAAGCUUUGACCAUUGGACCAAGGAGGGAAAGUUUAAAGCUCAAUUGAGGUUGAGGCUAGAGCUUGCAUCCUGUGCUCGUUGAUCGAGUGAUUCCUCGGAGAGAAGACUUGAUUAUGAGUAUUCUCUCUGGGGAGUAAGGACUACCUGAAGAGUGUUGAAAGAAAAAAGUCAAGCAUGAAGUUCAUCUGAGGGGAUAUAUAGUAGUGUAAUCUACUAUAUUUAGGUCCUUUCUGAGAUAGGCCAGCAGGUAUAAUUGAUACAUUUUCCUUUUUUGUUUGCUUUUCUUGCUAUUUCGUCUCAUUUGUAGUGUAACAAAGAAAGAGAAGUCACAUUUUGAGCUAUUUGGUUCCAGGUGAGUGAAAUUACAGAUCUCUCUCAAAGCUUUUAGGUUAUUUUUUUUUUCAAUUUGAUGGUCAUGCUUCUCUCCUGUGUUUGUGCUGCCCAGUUUUAUUCUGAUAAUGGUUUGAUAAGCUCCUCUGAUGUCUUUUAUUUUCAAAUUAAGAUUAGUCUCAUUUGUUUAAUUUCCACUACGUUUUUAUUUUAGGUAUUAUGCUUAAAAUAAUUUUAGAUGCAAAAUGCAGAAUUUUCAUUUUCCCUCGUAUCCAACCUAAAGUAAAUGACAUCCAGGUUGGUAUUCAACUCAAACUUUGGCUUAUACCUAUGUAGUAGGCUAUGUUUGGGAUGAAGAUAAGGAAGGUGACUGGGUGUAAUUUCACUAUUCGUAAAAGGCCUAACCUCAAUAUCUGUGCUUAAGAAGCAGUCUUACCCCUGUACUAAAGCACAAAGAGACAGUUUCCGGAUGACCCAUAGUGAAAAUCGCGUCCAAAAUUGCAUGAACUGACUGUUGCUUUAUAACAAAGAAGCGCAGACAGUUUAGUGAGCCAUUUUGCUUUAUUCCAUCAUAUUCUCAAGCCAAAAAACAUUUGGGAUUUCUUCGGUUCCAAGAUGGUUGUGUCCAGAUGGAUUCCAUCCUUCUUUGUGGAACGGGAUUCCCCCUUUAUUGAUGUUUCUAUUGAAGCUCCUGUUGUUGAUGUUUAUGUUGAAGCUACUGAAAAAAUAGGUGCUGCUACCCAGGUUGUUGCCUUAGUCCCUGUUUUGGAUGUAUCUGGUAAUUUAGAUGCUACUGUUGUCACCCAGGAUGUUAGUGUGCCUACUUCAGCUACUCAAGAUGUUGUUAUCCCCCGGGAAGACUCAAGAUGUUGUUAUCCCCCGGGAAGUUACUAUAGCUACUCUGUUGUCACCAUUCUUAUCACCUUUUUUUUUAUAUUUUUGGGUAUCGACUCCUUUUCUCAGUUCACUCUAUGUCAUUUUCAUUAUUUCUUUAAACACUUUUGAUAAAAAAAAGUCCCUUUUGUUAUCUACACACCAUGUCAAGGUGGGAUUUUGAUCAAUACACAAGGAAUAAACAAGCUGAAAUUGAUCAAGAAGCUGUCAAGAUGAAUGCUUUGGAUGCGAAGGAUUGUAUAAACAACAAGGGCACAACAACAAAUGAAGUUUUGGCUGGUACUCAUUUUGGAAUUUAGCUUAUGGCUGUGUGGUAGAUUGUGUCUGGAAUGCAGCAAAGGUAAGGUUAAGAAAGUAAAAAAACUGAAAACAAUUGUUGCAUAUUUCUUUUUAAUGUUUGGCUUCACAUUUGAAACUGCUACGAUCGUAGACACUUCUUUGGAAGAUGCUCUUUGGUGUGACAUGGGUGACUUGUUUUGUCAAUGUUAUUUAUGGUUAUAAUUGUUAUAAUUU